AUGGCUACUAAGGUGAUUCUAAUAAAUUCAGUGUUGAAUGCAAUUCCAAUAUAUUCAUUAUCCUUUUACAACGUCCCUUCAAAAGUGCUAAAUGAGAUUAGACAAAUUCAAAGUAAUUUUUUAUGGAAUAAGAAGGAAGAUGUUCGCUCCAUACAUUGGUUGAGAAUUCUAAAUGAGUCAGAGGCUCUGUGGAGUGGUUUGCUUCGUGGAAGAUAUGGGGACCCUGGGCUAAAGGAGUUAAUUGGGGCAUAUUCGGUGUUAAGUAAAACAGAUUCUAUAUGGUGGCGCGACGUGGUUCUAUCUAAUAAUAUUGUGCCUAAUUUCUUAAAUCUGUUUACAGGGGCGGUUAUUUCUGCUGUGAACAGUGGCAGAGAUACAGCUUUCUGGAAAUCUAUUUGGAUGGGGAACCAAUUGCUUAUGGAGGCUUUUCCUGAAGAAUUUGCAGCAGGUUUUAAUAGAAACUGCAGUGUGGCUCAACUGGCUACUGCAAGUAACACUGUCCACGGAGAUGUUGUUAAGGCCAUGGUAUCCCUUUGGAAGAUUGAUGCUCCUCCUAAACUGCAGUUUUUGGGUUGGAGGGUGUUACACAAUCGCUUAGCUACUAAAGACCAGCUUAUUUCGCGUAACAUUCUUCUGGUAAGUUCUGAUCCUUGCUGUGUGUUAUGUUCGUCACAGUUGGAAACUAAUGCUCACCUCUUUGGAGAUUGUCCUUUUACGGAUUACAUUUGGCAAAGAGUGGUGUUUUGGCUUGACCCUCUUGAAGAGGUUACUUUGGAUGAAUUUAAGAAUUUUUCGUAUCAUGUUGACAAAGUUAAAAAUGUCUUGAAGAGAAAGGUGGUUGGUGUCAUUUGGCUAGUGACUAUUUGGAGCGUGUGA